AUUGCACAAUUAGCUAGUAACAUAUAUACCAGAGAAGCAUCCCGGCUUAAACAUACAUUUUCCUCAAUGGCGAUUCCUACUUCUCUUAAACUUACUACUACUUCAGGCUUUCUUCAACUGAAUACAAAGAAACCUCGAUACCCAGUUCAUCAUCUUCCUUCUCCAUCCCAAACAGCAUUAACCUUUCCAAUCAAGAAACUACUUGAGAUAAAUCCAAGGGAUACUCUCACCCUCCCUCGUGCCCCUACCGAUAGCAUCUCACAGACUUUCACAAAAUUGAAAUCACAAGGGAAAGUAGCGUUCAUCCCCUACAUCACCGCCGGUGAUCCAGAUCUCUCAACAACCAUUCAAGCGUUGAAGGUGCUCGAUUCUUGUGGAUCCGAUGUAAUCGAACUAGGCAUACCCUACUCCGAUCCCUCACUAGACGGUCCGGUCAUACGCGCUUCAGCGUCACGGUCCUUGGCAGGAGGGACAAAGUUCAACAAUAUCAUCUCAAUGUUAGAAGAUGUUGUUCCCCAACUGUCGUGCUCGAUCACUCUAUUCUCCUACUAUAACCCUAUUAUCAAGCAUGGCAUCGAAAACUUCAUGUCCACCAUUAGCCAAGCCGGCGUCCGUGGGCUUGUGGUUCCGGAUGUCCCUUUUGAAAACACACAACGCUUGAGAAAUGAAGCCGCAAAGAACAACGUUGAGUUGGUGCUGCUAACCACACCCACUACUACAACAUGUCGAAUGAAAGACAUUGUCCGAGCCUCGGAGGGUUUCGUGUACCUGGUGAGUGCGGUGGGGGUCACCGGGGCUCGUCCACGUGUGAACGAACAAGUUCCGAGUCUCUUGAGGGAGAUUAAGGAGGUGACGAACAAGGCAGUGGCUGUUGGGUUCGGAUUGUCGAAGCCUGAGCAUGUGAAGCAAGUGGCCGAGUGGGGGGCAGAUGGUGCUAUUGUUGGUAGUGCCAUUGUGAAGGUAUUGGGUGAAGCUAGAUCUCCAUUGCAAGGGUUAAGAGACCUUGAAACUUUCGCCAAAUCUUUCAAGGCUGCUCUCCUGUAAUGACCUAUGCAAUAGAAGAAGAAAAAAAUGUUUUUGGAUCAUAGAUUCUGAUAUGUACGUUCUGAUAGUUUCACUAAAACAAAAUCACUCAUUUAUGAUUUCGGGAGUCACUGUACAGUAAUUAAUUAUUAUUUGGUUGACUAAGUCAAAUACAUCUUUUGGGGCCAUAUGCCUUUU